GAACUACAAAAAAUUAUCCAGCACUGACUAUACGUCACACAUUUUAAAUAUACAAACCAUUUUCGCCAUCAAAAUUUGCGUAAUUGUGCUGGCCACAUUUCCUCUUCAUCUUUAUCUCUAAAUAAAACCUUCUUCUUUCUUGUCCUUGACAUUAGCAAUUUCUCCUUUAUCUCACCAUGGAUCCUUACAAGUUUCGUCCAUCAAGUGCAAACAAUUCUCCAUACUUUACCACCAAUUCUGGUGCACCUGUAUGGAACAACAACUCUUCUAUGACUGUGGGCACCAGAGGCCCCAUUCUGUUGGAGGAUUAUCAUCUGGUGGAAAAGCUUGCCAACUUUGAUCGAGAGCGUAUCCCAGAACGUGUUGUUCAUGCCAGGGGAGCCAGUGCAAAGGGAUUUUUUGAAGUUACUCAUGAUGUAUCUCACCUAACAUGUGCUGAUUUCCUGAGGGCUCCCGGUGUUCAGACACCCAUCAUUGUUCGUUUCUCCACUGUUAUUCAUGAACGUGGAAGUCCUGAAACUCUCAGGGACCCUCGUGGUUUUGCUAUCAAGUUCUACACCAGAGAGGGGAACUUUGAUCUGGUGGGGAACAACUUCCCCGUAUUUUUUAUCCGUGAUGGAAUGAAAUUCCCCGAUAUGGUGCACUCCCUCAAGCCCAAUCCUAAAUCCCACAUCCAAGAGAAUUGGAGGAUCAUGGAUUUCUUCUCUCAUCAUCCUGAGAGUUUGCACAUGUUCACUUUCCUCUUUGAUGAUAUUGGUGUCCCUCAAGACUACAGGCACAUGGAUGGCUCUGGUGUUAACACAUAUACUUUGGUUAACAAGGCUGGAAAGGUCCACUAUGUGAAGUUCCACUGGAAGCCAACAUGCGGAGUAAAGUCCUUGUUGGAGGAAGACUGCGUCAAAGUCGGAGGAGCUAACCACAGCCAUGCUACUCAGGACCUUUAUGAAUCAAUUGCAGCCGGAAACUAUCCUGAAUGGAAAUUCUACAUUCAGAUAAUAGACCCAGCUGAUGAAGAUAAAUUUGACUUUGACCCAUUAGAUGUUACAAAGACAUGGCCUGAAGACAUUUUGCCGCUGAUUCCUGUGGGACGUCUAGUCUUGAACAAGAACAUUGACAACUUUUUCGCUGAAAAUGAGCAGCUGGCCUUUUGCCCAUCUAUUGUUGUUCCUGGGAUCCACUACUCAGAUGACAAGCUGCUUCAGACUAGGAUUUUCUCAUACUCAGAUACACAAAGACACCGUCUUGGUCCCAACUAUCUGCAACUUCCCGUUAAUGCCCCCAAGUGUUCUCACCACAACAACCACUACGAUGGUUUCAUGAACUUUAUGCACAGAGAUGAGGAGAUUGAUUAUUUCCCAUCGAGAUAUGAUCCUGUUCGUCACGCUGAGAGAUAUCCCAUUCCUUCAAACGUCUUGAAUGGAAGGCGUGAAAAGCAAGUCAUUGCAAAGGAAAACAACUUCAAGCAGCCAGGAGAAAGAUACAGAUCAAUGGACCCAGCAAGGCAAGAGAGAUUUAUUUGCCGAGUGGUUGAUGCUCUAUCUGAUCCUCGUGUCACCCAUGAAAUUCGCAGCAUUUGGGUUUCUUACUGGUCUCAAGCCGACAAGUCUUUGGGUAUGAAGAUAGCAAGUAGACUGAAUGUGAGGCCAACCAUGUGAAGAUGAUCGAGAAUCUCGAUGCAUGAAUGCAUCAUUGGGGAUGAAGAUGAGGACAACUAUACUAAAACUAGUAAUAUCUAAGUUACUUCAUGCAUAAAAAACACCAAAAAAUGCUGUUUGUUUGUGGUUGUGGAGUAUAGAACAUACGUAAGUUUUAAGUUGCCGUUGUUUGUGUUACAGACUUGCAGCACUAUUAAAGCAUGUAUUCUGUAAUCUCAUUUUGUUUCCUAUUAAAGUUUAUAUAAUAAAUAAUCAAAUUGGUUAUUGAACAUAAA